AUGCAUCACCGACAUCAGCAUCAUGAGGAGAUGCAUCACCGACAUCAGCAUCAGUAUCAGCACCAGUACCAGCAUCAGUAUCAGCACCAGUAUCAGCAUCAGCCGGUCGUAGCGGAGGAAGGAGGCAAGGUCGGGGGCGAGCGGCAGCAGGACGUCAACUGGUGGGGCGAUUCGCUUUCCGCGGCCUACAUGGGGAGGAGGAGCGAGACCAGGUUGAGCGUCGGGGAGAAUCGACGCGCCGCGUGGUCACGCAGCGAACUGGGGAGAUUGCGCAGCAGCGAGGACGAGCUGGACGAGUUUGACGUGUUCCCGCCCGCCAGCCCGGUGUCACUGUCCACGACGACGUCGGACGGGUCACCGCACACGAUUCGAGGCGGCGCUCGCACGGAUUCGACCUUUGAUCAGUCGGUGCUCGUGGAUCUGGACUCGCUGUGCACCGAGGCGUCGUCGGUACUUUCGCGGUCGGGCGGCGUGGACGCGGCGGCCAAGCCAAUUCGAAGAGGGUCUGUCGGGCGGAUCGGGGCGGAAUUAAGGCGCGGACGGACGCUGACACGGCUCGGCUUUGGACGGAUACGAACGCCGGCGCUGGUGAAGAGGCUGUGGGGCGAAGUGAACGAGCUGUAUGGCGUGGUCGUGACGCACGGACCGCACCUGGUGGAAGAGCGCAUCGUGAGCAGGCUGUCGAUGAGCACGGGGAUUCUCGGCCCGUGGCACUCUCGCAAAGUGCGCGCUGGCGGUCUGCGCGCCAGCUUCCAGGUGACGACCGUCGAGGAAGCGAUGCGCAAGAUCGACGGUGUCCUCACAUGGCAGCAGCGCAAGAUCGUCGCCAUCCGCCGCGACCUCAUGGAGCAGCAGCGCGAGCUCCGCGACGCUGACGAGGUCAUCUCCGAAGCUUACGUUCUUUCGAUAGACGGCGCGGGCGACCGCAAGCGGUAGCGUUUGGCGAGGCUGGGGAGGGGUUGGUUUUAUGCUAGUUUUGGUACGGAGGGGGAUGUCUUCGUACGGUAGAGCGAGCGGGAUUUUUUGGCAAACACAGGGUAAAUCGGUAUAUAAGUUAUGUGA